UGCCAGCAUGCUGCAAGGCUAAACAUUCCAUAUUGGCUGUUGUGAUAGAUGUGUUUUCAUACUAUAAAUUCGUGUUAACAAUAGCUUAUCAGUGUAGUGCCAUUUUUUUUUACAUAAUGAUGGAUGAUUGCCAGUAACAAGAAAAUUGGCUUGUGUUUAUUGUGAAUUAUUCCAGUGUAGCUGUGCGAUAGGUUAAGCAUAUUGUCACUCAAAUUGAAAAAUAGUUUUAAACGCAUGUUCAAAAUCUAAACUUUAACCGCCGAGGCUUUUUGCCUCGUUAAACUCCAGGAGCUUGGGACAUUUGUGCUGGAUUAAUUAAAUGCUUAAAGAUGUUGUUGGGUUCACACGACAUUUAAACAACAAGAUUAAUCACUGACUAAUGUGCCCUUUUCCUUUAUGAUGCUUUUGUGCACCCUUACUUUGAAGGCCACAUUCAAAACAUAUUCCCACGGACACGGCUUUCUGUACAGAGCUGCCCAGCAUGCUUUCCUGAUUUACAGGAAACGAGUCGAGAAUAAACACCAUGUGCUUCCUCUCACUUAGGGCAGAAGAAGAAAGCAGCGGCUUCCGAUUUUGCACAAUUGAAUGCACAGCGGUAUAUUGAUAAAGAAUGUGUUUUGUUUCAGGGUUAAGAAAAACACUUUACAACAUAAUCCCCUUGUUGCAUGAGACUUUUCCUUUGUCGCACACAUGCUGAGCAGCCACUGUGGGGUCUAGUUCCAUAGGGUGGUGUCUGUAAUGUACUGUUGGUACGCCCUGGAUACAUAAGCGGUGUUUUUCAGUGUGCUGCAUCCUGUCUGAUUACAGCUCUUGAGGACACGAGUGGUGGUGAUCUAGUCCCAUUGCAUAAGCCAGUCGUGCUUCGACGUGAUGGCGAACACUCGCCUGCAACUGCUUGCUAUGGCCCUGGCCCUGCUGGGCUGGUUGUGUAUGCUCGUGUCCUGCAUGCUGCCCAUGUGGAAGGUGUCCGGAAUGUCCUCCAGCAGCGCCUUCCUGGCGCAGGGUGUCUUCGAGGGCCUGUGGGUGCACUGCGUGCUGCAGGGGACCGGCGACAUGCAGUGCAGGACCCACGGCUCCAUGAUGAGCCUGGGCACCAGCAUGCAAAUCACCAGGGCGCUGGUCGUGUGCGCCACUAUGCUGGGGGUGGUCGCCUUCUUCGUGGCGCUUGCCGGAGCCAAGUGCACCACCUGGCUGGACGAGAGUGCCACCAAGACGCGCCUUGCCACGUCUGCAGCCGUCUGCUUCGCUGUGGUGGGCCUCCUGGAGCUGGUGGCCGUCUCGUGUAUGGCCCAUCACAUCAUCAGUGACCACAACAACCCACUGAUCUCUCCGGACAUGCGUCGUGAGAUCGGCCUCUCGCUGUACCUGGGUUUUGGUGCGGCGGCGCUGCUGCUCAUGGGAUCCAGCUUCAUGCUGUGUGCGUCCCGUGGCUCGGAUCGUCUCCAGUUUCUCAAUCCACAAGGCAACGGAGUGUAGGGACGAAUGGAACUCUCGCGCCGUUUUCAGGAAGCUGGUGGCGUUGACUCACGAGUUACCCUGCGCACGUCUGGUUCCAGCUGA